CAUCGUGCAGUAGUCGGUAGUACAGCGCGUCUCCAGUAAACCAGAGAGCCUAGAAAACGAACGCUGGUGUGAACGCGCGCUUGAAGCUGUCGAAGCCAGGCUGUACCACUUGUUCUUUCUUUUAUCUUAUCACUGUUUCUCUCAUUGUCACCCUUAUCGUCAUUCUUAUCGGGAUUAUCAUCGGAAAUCGGUGUUUCUGUGAGCCGGAUUAACGCUCGUGGCGUCCGCCAACAGUUUCACUAUUACCGGACAACAUUCUACGGAGAUGUCAAAGAAUGCCAAGAGAAAGGAGAAGCUCGAUCGUGAACCGUGAAUUCUGUGAGUGUGUGUACUGCGUCACGCUCGUUUGGCGCGAGUGAUCGUGUGGGCUGAACUUCGUUUCCAGACUUUACUUUGUUUCGAAUUUUUCUUUCGUAUAUUCUAAUGAUAUUCAUAUUUACCCUGUGAAGAGAGUGAAAAUAUAAUGGUUUUAAGUGUCAGGAUUGAUUCGUUCAAAAAUUAUCCAUUGUUACAGUUUUGUUGUUUUGGAGUACUGUGUGGCUAGGUCUAACUUUCCCAGGCUCCUUUUGUCGACUUGAGCAUACCAUUUGAAUAUUGACAGUAGAAUCUGUGGUUUAAUCUGUGGUGAUAGAAUAUGAAACAUCCUUUAGAUCUUAGGCAGCUAAAGGAACAACAACCAAUUUCCACUGGGACACCCUAUAGAUGCUAAAGGCCGAUAUCGUUGUUCUCUCAUCAGCUCACUGACGACUAUACAGAUAGGAUCGUCGCAUUAACCCUUUCAGUGUUUUAUUUAGUUUUCAAAGUGUUUACCCAUAAAAUAGAAUAAUGUUCAAUGAUAAAUAUACUGGACGUAAACACUGAGAGAGUUUUAGCUUCUUGUUAAUGUCUCGGAAAUUAAUAAAGAAUCGACUACAAACUGUGCCUCCAAAGUUACAUACUUCGUGCGUGGACACGGCAGUGUGUUGUAGACCUUUUGAAAGGUGAGCAGAGAAGAGGCGCGGAGAGAGAUGACAGUGGCAACGACCAUCAGGUGGGUCUCUGACCCCACCGGACGAUAAAAAGAUUUAAGCAUAAAUAGUACUUAUGGGAUUAUUCAGCGCCGCCUCGUAACACCGAUUGUGAGAAAUCAGUUCAAUCUUUGUGCAUCGUUUCAAGGACUCGUCUUGGGAACGUUCCAAGGAAACGAUGCAUAUCGUCCUUUACCCUACCCAUAAUCGAAGGGAUAAUCACGAGAGAGAAAAUCUGUAUCGUGUCAACGAAAUUAGAAGCGAUAGCAAGACAAAAGAACUGAACGAGGUGUAAAAAAUUGUACACAAGGAAACUGUUUUAGGAAAUAAUGGAGUCGAAGCAUGUGGCGCAGCUUCUACGCGGCUGGUUGGUUCGGUUAAAAGAAACGGGCGAAGAGGAGAGCCACUGGGUGAAGAUGGAGGUGAAACCGAUCCCGAAGCCCAGAUCGGUGGUGCCGCUUCGUCCGGUGCCUGCGCCGAGGCAUCUGCCACCGACUCGUUCGCCGACCCAUCCACCAACCCUUCCGCCAACCCUUCCUCCAACCCUUCCGCCAACCCUUCCACCUAGCCGUCACAGUGAUCACAGCAGUCGCAGCAGCCACAGUAGCGACUCGAGUCAAUCGGAAAAAAGCGAAGACACGAAAUCGACGCCGGAAACACGCACCACGAACAAUGAAUUUUUCCGCAAUCUGAGCACUAGCUCCCGCCAGUUGAAGGACGAAAUCUCGGAGAAGGUGACGACCAAGGGUCGCGCGGUGAUCUCGAGCACUAGAAACGCCAGCAUGCGGCUAGAGAAAUCGGUGAAGAACCUUCUAACUAGACGACUAACCUCGUUGAACCAGGACGAGCUGUUUCGCGAUAACACCGACGGAUUGAAGAAGUUUGGGGACACGGAGGUGGACGAAAGAUGCGUGUCCUUGCCAGCCAACGAUAUCUUCAGCAGCAUCACGUUUUACAGUCCAUUGAACACUAAUCUGAGGAGCAUGAAGAACGAGGAGGAUCUUUCCGGGACGCGGAGCAGCCCGCCGCCUCCGGUCUAUCCUCCACCCCCGCUUCCUGAUGAGUCUAUCUAUGAUGAGUUGCAGUCUGUCGCGUCCGGUAGCAGCCGAUACGAUACAAUCAGCUCGACCGUUUCCGACAGGAUCGAUAGGGACUUCCCGGAAUCGUUCAGUCUCCUUGGUUUCGCGCUGAAUCAGGCUAGCGACUCCGACCAGAGCUUAAACCUCUCAGACGUUAACGUGUCUCUACCUUACGACAAGACUGACACAAGAAGGCUGUCCAGGUCCGAUUCCUGGACGUUUUACGAUACCGCAACCUCGGGCAGGAUCGAAGGUAUCGAAGAGUUGGACAAAAUAUCCAGCGCGGAGGAGGACGCAUUGGAACGGGAGGUGCCUGUAAUGGACAGAACGUCUUCCGGGUCUAACGAGAGCCAAGCGUCCGUGCAGAAUUCUUUGUACGAAAACUUGUCUUCCGGGAAGCCACCGCUAGAGGAAAAUCACCAAACUCCUAGCAUCGCCGAUAGCAGACAGCACAACAGUCUAUCGCUGAUCUUCGAGUUCGAUCCAUUCGCGAAGGGCCCCGACUCCGAAAACGUUUACAGCAACUUCGAAAAUAACGAUAUGAUGCUACUAGAGACGUUGCUGGCCACCAGUGAUUCACCCAGCAGUUCCGGAAGCAUUCUUGAUUUCCAAGAAGCCGUUGAUAACGAGGAGAACCAGAGCGAGCUAGACAACGAAGAUAUUUUGCAUCCACAAAUUUCAGCAGCGCCGCCAGUACCACCGAAGAGGUUCGACUCUUUGCCGAAGAACGAGCACGAAGAAGCUAUCGAGAGCAUUUCGGUGCCUGAUAAGGGCACAGUUUGCAAAAAUCCGGCAUUGCUACCCAAGUUGGCUCAUUUAAUCACGAAAAAGCAGCCUGCCGUUCCACCGAGGAAACCCGCGAGGGAUCAUUCCGCUGAUUCACUGGGGACUACUGGCAACCCCGUGUCAGCCAACGAUGAAACUUCGACAGCUACAACAGUGGUAACCACCUGCAAAAGUUCCGAGGAAAGAUCAACGAGUCCUGCCAGCGAGAAAAUCCCGGAAGAGAAUCGACGCGUCGGCAUGAUACAAAAGCUGAAAAAGUUAAGACACGAGUCGUCGAGUCACGGCAUAGGUCCAAAUAUGAUAAGCUUCGUGAAGAGUGGCAGCAAAUUGUUGUCGAGGAACCGUGACCAGGCCGGAGGGUCAAACUUGAAAUCGACGAAACUGGAGAGACCGAAGAUGAACGCUCCGCAGAAUCCUGCGAUGCUCGGAGGAAUUGUUUACAGGACUGGUGUUGGUAUCGAAAGAGCGAAGUACCUUGUGCAGAGGGCAGUGGUGUUGGCUGACCACAAGCUCUCGUUUUAUACCGACAAGGGCAUGUCUACGGUGAAGGAGGUCAUUCAACUCGAUACAGUAUACAGCAUUCAUCUCCUACAGGAUGUAAAAUUAGUGGAUGGCGAAACCGUACACUGCAUAGCAAUUAGCGUGGAAGGAAGACCGAGCGUCCACGUGUUCUACGCGAAGGGUAUCGUCGAACGAAGAAUCUGGGCCCAACGAAUAUUGGAGGCAAUUACUCUAGUCUUUCCCACAAGAUAUACCGCUGAUUUGACGAGGACAGGAUGGGUUUACUUAAAGGAAGGCGUAACGGGCACGUGGUUUCCUGCUUGGGUUCUUCUGCACCAAAGAACUCUAAUUUACACGAAGUCUCUCGAUCCAUCUAUGGCCAUCCCCUUUGGAGAGCUUGAUCUUCGAAAAGCGCGGUGUAUCGUUCUACGAGAACAAGAGGGUCCAAAUCCCAAUGCGGGAUUCAUUCCGGUGGUAGUCGUGGAUACAGGUGGCAGUGGUGCACUACACAUUGCUGCACCGGGUACCCACGAGGGAUCUGCAUGGAGGCAUGCUCUUUAUCAAGCAGCUACCACGUGUGGCCCUGAUCUAGAACAGCAGCAGCUAACCCAGGACGAUGUCCCCGUGAUACUCGACAAAUGCAUCAAUUUUAUAUAUGUUCAUGGUAUCAUGACCGAAGGAAUUUAUCGUCGCAGCGGAUCCAAUAGCGCUGUCGUUCGACUGUUAGAGGCUUUCCGUCGAGACGCAUGGGCUACGCAAAUUACAAAAGACUCGUAUACGGAGCACGACGUCGCCACGGUUCUCAGAAGGUUCCUCCGUGAUUUACCGAAUCCAUUGUUUCCUGCUAAGAUUCACGAUCGGCUUUGUCUGAACACGGAAAAUGUUAACGAGAACGAAAGAGUUACGGCGUACAGGACGUUGCUAUCUUCGUUAAAUCCUGUGCCAACAGCGACGUUACGAAGAAUUCUGGCUCACCUUCACUGCCUUAGUCAACAGAGUUCCAGGAACCUGAUGACCGUCGAAAAUCUUUCCGCGAUUUGGGGCCCGACGUUAAUGCAUGCCGGUGAGAACAGCGCCGAAGAAUGGAACCGAGCAGAGACCAGAGUCAUCGGUGACUUGAUCAAACUCUAUCCGAAACUUUAUCAAUUAACGGCUGCCGAUCUGGCGAAAGAAGCAAAAAUUUUGGAGGUGCUCGAGAAACAUCACGUUUCGAACAAUGGACCACGUGGAGCCCCGUCAGGUGAUCUCAAGAUGUGGAUAUACAUUUUUUCGAAGGACGGCGAAUGCGUCAACGUGACGAUUAGACCUCAAAAGACUGCGUUCGAUAUAUGUGUGGAGCUCGCUGAGAAAACGAAUAUACCGGCUCAUGAGCUAUGCCUAGAAGAAUGCACAUUGUCCGGCUCGCUGGAACGACCGCUACAUCAUACCGAACGUGUUCUUGAAACGGUGUCGAGGUGGGGAUACUGGGACACCGAGGAUCGGAAGGACAAUAUCCUCAUACUUAAAAAAGAUCAAUUGUACAGAGAUAUACUGCCCUUGAUAAAACCACCACUGACACCAUCUGGUGAACUUAAGUUUGCUAACAACAAAAUGAAGCAUUUUAAAACCUACCUCUUUGAAUUUACCCAAGCAAAACUUUGCUGCUAUAAAGACAAAGUAUGUUCUACUAAGUUAUAUGAAUGGAAGAUAGAAGAUAUCAUUUGGUAUUUAGGUCAUGAACCCAAACGAAAUCCACAAACUGGAUGGGCUAUUACAUUUAUUACAAAAAAUACUAAACCAACAAGGUGUAAAGAAACUCCGUACUUUGGAUGCACAAUAGCAGGAACAUUAAAGGAUGAACAAUAUAAAUGGUUGGCAGCCAUGAUUUUUGGAGAAUACCAACUAAAUCUUCGACCCUCUGCGGUCAAUCUUAUGGAUCCGUAAACAAUUAAUAUAUUUUUCUAAACUGUGUUUGUACCUUCGAAACUUAUUACAUUUUAGAUAUUUUUAUAAUGUAUAUUAUUUUGUCAUUGUUUCAAUGCCCAUGCUUGCCUUAAUAUGAGACCAAUUUCAAUAUUUUUACAUAAUAUACUGUACAUAUAUGUUAUUAUUAUAAAUAAAAAACGUCAUCGAAAAAAUUUCUUCGAAGAAAAAAUAU